CCCCUCAUUUUCAUUUUGAAGAAGCUUCUCUCACAAGCUUCAUUGGACCCUCUCUCUCUCUCUCUCUCUCUCUCGGGUUUUGGAUUGCCAUUACUGUUUCUCGUGAAGCUCUGACUUAAACUGCGAGCUCGACAUGAAGAAGGCAACAAGAAAGUCUUGCGCAGGGGGAGCAAGUAGACGAAAUUCGGUUGGGAAUUUCAGUACUCGAUUCUCCUUGCCAUCUUUUUUUAAGCGAGUGGAAAAGCUCACAGAUGAUCAGAGAAUUGCAAUACAGAGGAUCGGAUUCGGAAAUCUGCUUCUCAUACCUAAUCUAACAGUUAGCAAGAAGCUUUUAGUUGAAUUAAUGGAAAGAUGGAAUUGCAAAAAGCAUGCAUUUAUACUUUCCCCAGGAGAGAUUACAAUCACACUUCUAGAUGUUGCAUUGAUUUUGGGAAUACGUGUAAUAGGUGAACCAGUAGUCCUGAAGGAUGAUGAACCCUUUUCGGAAUUAGAAAGAGAAUAUGGAGCUGUUAUUUGGAAGAGGAAGGUCACAGUUGCAUCGAUUGAGAGUAGGCUUGAGUCCUUCAGUGGGGUUGCGAGUGAUGAUUUUGUUAGAACUUUCUUAUUGUUUAUGUUUGGUACAUUUCUUUUUCCAAAUGCCAGUGGCAAGAUAGAGUCCCGGUACCUUUCAUUUCUCAAAGAUUUGGGUACCGUUCAUCAAUAUGCUUGGGGGGCAGCUGUUGUUGAAGAUUUGUUUAAGUGGUUGUGCAAAAGGAAAGAGAUGAAUGUACAAUAUGUUGGUGGCUGUCUUAUCCUUCUCCAAAUAUGGUGUUAUGAGCAUAUUGACAUUGGUCGGCCCAGCCUAGCAGAUUGCUGCUUGACAUUUCCCCGUGCCUGUCGUUGGGUAAAUGAUCGAUCUCUUUUUAGACAAUGGCUCAGUACCAAGUUUAAGGAGCUGCAGGAAAAUCAGAUUAUUUGGAAGCUUCAACCAACUCCUGAGGAGUUAGGAACAAAUAUAAUCAAAGAGUUGCUAGAGGCACAAAGUAAUGAGGAGCUUCCCUUGGUGUUGCUUUCUUCAACUGAUGCUUCCAGUUCUAAUGGGGGUGACUCAAGAUUCACAUCACAAGCAUUGGACCAACAGGCUGUUGAACUGGAAUCUGAUUCAGAAAUGGAUAUGACUGAAGAAUGUGGGGUGCAAGAAGACAAUUUGGAGCAGCUGCGAUCCCCACAAUAUGUACCAGAGGUGCUAGUGGACAAUAUUGAGUAUCCGUUAGCACCUAAUUAUGUUUCAGAGGAUGAUGGCUUGAGAAUAAAAAACCAAAUAUUAGAGGAACAAAAUGUGGAUUUAAAGAAGGAGAUUGAUCGAUUACGAAGAGAAAACAAACUAUUAAGAAACCAAGUCUUGUCAAGUUCAAUGUCGGCACAACAGAAUGUAGUACUCAAAGAGGAAAUAGAGGACUUGAGAAGAGAAAAUCAACUUCUAAUCUCGUCUUCAGAUGGCCUUGUGGCUCGACUGGAGAAACUCUUACUCGAUGAGGAUUCAAUUGCAAGGGAAGAACACAGCUCACCCUUCAGGGAACUAGCUCUGUCAUCACAAACUGAAGUUGAAUUAAAGCUCAUUUACAGAGAAUGAUUUUUUGCACAUGCAAAAUCAUGUAUAUAUUGUAAAUCAUAAGCAGCCAAGGGUAACAAAGUUGUGUAGAGCAACUACGAAGAUUACUGCAAAUGGUCAGCUGGCAGGCAAGGAAAAAGCUCCAUUGGUAAGAGGGAGUUGGGUAAGAGCACCCCAUUGUUUUUGUUUUUUCUGUUUUUGUUUUUGAAAGCUGGUAGGAUUUAGUGGUAAUUGACAAAUGCCACUGUCCACAGAUGAGCACUGCUAUUUGGAUCAUUUAAGUCUACAUAUUUACGUUGAUAUUUUAUAGAAAAUUUGUACAAUUUAGAGUAAAAUUUCUGUGUAACUAAAUGUUCAUUUAGGUGUUCAUUUGAAAUAUUCAAUUGCCAUUUUUAUUUACAAAUAAUUGUUUUUAAUGAUAAAA